AUGGCCAUUGCAACGCUCUGCUUUCUGCAAAUGCUGUCCAGCUCGAUAGCUCUGAUCAUUGGGCAGACUGUUUUCCACAAUCGGCUGUUGGAAAAUUUGCGUAGCAGCGCCCCGUCCGUGGACUCCCUCGUUGGAGAAGGGGCGACACUACUGUGGGAUCGCGUCCCGUCGGAACUUUUGGAGUCAGUCCUCAGGGUGUACCGCAAGACGGUCAUGCAGACAUUUUACGUCGGCGUCGCCAUGUGCGCUCUGUCGCUUCUUGGAUCGGCCUCUAUACAGGGGAAGCAAGUCCCGGAUAGGAAGGACGCGGGAGAGGAGGAGGCGCCCGACAGCGAUACCCCUGUGCCGCCUACGAUAGAAGAAAAGGCCCAUGCGCCGCCUGUGGCAGAAGUAUAG